ACGGAAAUUGGAAAGAAGUCAUCGUUGACGUGUAGUGGCAAUUGUUCGCGGAUUAAAUGCCUUGCUGUGGAUAAGUUCAUCCACCAAAAUCAUACUACCGGUUUAGUGAUUUAAAGUUAGUAAGCAACUAGAAGCCACCUCAGACAUAUACAUGAAAUAUACUUAAGCACUACUAUCUCAAAAUAGCACAUCAACAAUCAGUAUUAUAAGAUAACAGGUGUGCGUAGUCAUCUCUUACCUCGAAGAUAAAAACAUACACCACAGCUGGUUGACUAAAUAGCACCCAGAGUACAUGUUCGGUUUAGUACUGCGAAACGUCUUAGAUUCAGUAUUUGCCUUCUCCCCGUUGGAAGUGGGCAACAUGCCAUCUGCAUCUGACGCUCCUCCUGAGUCUCAUAAAAUGCUCGUGUCCAGACGCCAAUGGCUGGUGGAAGGAGCGGCGACGGGUGAGUGGCCGUGUGGUCGCAGUGGCCAUACAGCUGUGUGCGACGAUGGGGGCGAGAACAUGUUUGUCUUCGGUGGUUACUACGACAGGCGCUGUGUGAACGACAUGUACCGUCUGCACAUCCCUACCAUGACGUGGACAUGCCUAGAGUGCCGGGGAGACGUCCCCAAAGGCGUUGCAUCGCACACGGCUGUGAUGGAUGGCUCGUACAUGUUUGUGUUUGGAGGUUCCGGCUUUCCAUUCGGGCACAAUAAUCGUCGAGGGCUGUUUCUGCUCAACAUACAGACCUUGGUGUGGAGUCAGCUACACUACACGGGAAAGGUCCCAGCAGCCCGAUACGGCCAUUCCAUGUCGCUGAGUGAGUGCAAACGAUACCUUUACAUCUACGGCGGGACCUCUGGACAUGUGUUCUUUGACGACUGCUGGCGUUACUGUCUACGCACACGUGAAAUGAUUGAGAUGGAGACCCAUGUGUUGCCUAUGCCCAGAGCAUCCAUACAGGCCCAUCAGUCUCUGUUAUCCCAACCGCUGCGGCGACGAACAGAGCCUCAAAUAAUCCCGACUCAACGCGUCACUCCCAGAGCGAGUACUGUGCGAGCAUUGAAUCCUGACCAACCUCCGCCGACAUACAAGCACGUGUGCGUCGUGUAUGGUAACAAACUCUACGUGUUAGGAGGCGGUUCACCAGACUGCCAAACAGAAACACAACUGUUAGUGUACGCCCUCGACUUCAACACCAACACAUGGUCUCUGGUGCCUGCCUUGGGAGAGAGUGAUGUGGAGGACUGGGACACCGAGAGCGAGGGCGAGUCAGAACGUGAUACAGUACCCAAUAGCAUGCAGCAUAUGCGGUUUGUUGGUGCCACCAUACUCGGAGUCGAUCCACAAAACACCGAUCAAAUCAACCUACCCAGUGUAGAGCGGCUGCGACGUCUGCUCCCAGGACUGCUCAGAUGGGGUCUAGCGUAUAUGAGAGCAAAUGAGACACAGAUACAGGCCGUGUUGGAUGGCGCCGAGCUGCAGUUGCGCCCCAACGGAUCCAUCGUCCUACUACAACAACAAGGCGACGAAUGGGUUGAGAACACAGCACUAGGAGCCCUGCUAGUGCCAGAGACACACAUAAACGCACAUGCACAUGCACACACACGCACACACACACACACACACACUGCUGUCGCUGCCAGCGCACAUUUGAAUACGAGCACAGAGUUACAUGCAGACACGCCUCACUCGAGUGGCGAUACAAGCAGCCCCAGGGGAAUUACACACAGCUCUGAUGGAGACACGGAUAUGCAUGAGCUAGCAAGCACAUACAAUAGUACGAGAGAUAUGGAUAUGGGCACAUCCGGCCAUCCCGCUUUAACGGCGGAGCGAGCAACGGGACGGCAACCACACGCGGACGCACCAGGCACAGCGAACGGACAGGAAUCAACCGCACAACAGAUAGACCAACAGCGAGUCAGAGGUACAGAGAGUAUGAGACCCGAAUUAACCACACAACAAAUACAGCAGCAACGGCUUAGAGGGUUGGCGUUUAUUGAUCGCUUGGUAUCUAUGAAUGCCCAGGCGCAGCAGGACCCGUACAGACGAACUAAUCCGAUGUCACCAAUGCCUCCACGGGCGCCAGAAGCGCGAGGAGGGGUAGCACAAGACCACGGACAAGAACACGUACAGUACAACGCUGCAUCAAGUGCAGACGACGGUGAACACACACAACCCGAUACACACACACCUAGCCAUGCACACAUACAGGCAGACAACUACGCCCAACAGGAGACAAGCAUACAACAAAGGGGGGAAGCCAACUUGCAGGACCCCGACAGCGAUAUGUUCUUAACCACCGACGACAGUGCAGAAGGCCUUGGCGUGUCUUCGGAUUCGCUUUUGGACUCGGACGGUGAGUCAGACCCAGAUAUCGACACAGCCACAGACACGGACGGCGAAGACGAUAGGAACGGCGCGGAUAUGGACGCAGGGGGGCAUGUCCAUGACAGCUGGACGGGCAGCGUGCGCGUGAUUGAGACUAGGCCGGAGGGGGAGGUCAGCUCGUUGUACCCGUCCGCAAGACGGUCGCACACAUGCUGUGUGCACAAGAACAAGAUAUAUAUAUGUGGUGGCACGAAUGGUAAAGACUCGUACACUGAUAUGUGGGCCUUGAAUAUGGACACUUUGAAGUGGGAAAAGGUGAAGGCGAAAGGCCUGCUCCCGAUAUUCUUCCACACCCAUGUCAUUACCUCGGCUGGUCAAGUAUUACUGUAUGGAGGCCGCCAGAGUGCACGUGAUGAGACCCGCGUAGCCACCGUUUCCCAUAUAUGGGUCGACGUGCCUUCACUGAAAGCCCUUGCAACCAUGGCAACCAGCGCCUGCAGUAGCAAGGCUGCCUAAGUUGUCUAUUCUGGAUAUAAUUUGUUUAAACGUAUAUAGUCUGAGAUCGAAUUCGACAUCUCAGAAAGUUACCACAUGACUAUUGAGUAGCCACCAAUAGAUCGGCAUAUAAUGCGGGUUUGGCUGAGUAUCAAUAGAUCGGCAUAUAAUGCGGGUUUGGCUGAGUAUCAUAACUCAGUCAAAGAGACCCGCAGCGGCGUAAACCUGUACGCAGAUAUUAUUCAUCCG